UGGGCCCAUUUUACGGACGCGCAGCCUCGGUUUUCAGAGGCUUUAGCCUCCCGCGGCGUUUACAGGGCCGAGCGGAGCCAGCCCCGCGGGGGGGACCCGAAGGGUGUCCAGCUGGGGCUGGCAAAGCCUCUCGUUCCCGUGGCUGUUUCUUGCCUUCCUGUAAAACAGCUUGGGCAACCCCAAAAUGACCAGGAGUGUUUGGUUAAUACUGCUUGGUUGAUGUUUUCGAGAGCUUGUAAGAUUCUUGAUGCUAAAAAAAAAAAACAACAAAACAGAGGUCCUUUGUGACGAUUUGUUUGCUAGAGAAUUGUUAGGAUUUUCGAGGUAGGAGAGAUGCCUGCCCUGCAGCUCCAGUAACUCUUGAUGUUUGUUACUACUUUUCUUAGGAAAAAGGAGGCACAGAAGAAGAAUAAAAGAAUCCGAAAAAGUUGGAGAAGAUAAAGGAUUGUAUUCAUUCCCCACAUCCGAAGGUCACCACGAAGUAGGAAAUGCACAAUUUUGAGGAUGAGUUAACGUGUCCCAUUUGUUACAGUAUUUUUGAAGAUCCUCGUGUAUUACCAUGCUCUCAUACAUUCUGUAGAAAUUGCUUGGAAAACGUUCUUCAGGCAUCUGGUAACUUUUAUAUAUGGAGACCUUUACGAAUACCACUCAAGUGCCCUAAUUGCAGAAGUAUUAUUGAAAUUGCUCCAACUGGUAUUGAAUCUUUACCUGUUAAUUUUGCAUUAAGGGCGAUUAUUGAAAAGUACCAGCAAGAAGAGCAUCCAGAUAUUGUUACCUGCCCUGAACAUUAUAGGCAACCAUUAAACGUUUAUUGUCUGCUAGAUAAAAAAUUAGUUUGUGGUCAUUGCCUUACCAUAGGUCAACAUCAUGGUCAUCCUAUAGAUGAUCUUCAAAGUGCCUAUUUGAAAGAAAAGGACACACCUCAAAAACUGCUUGAACAGUUAACUGACAAGCAUUGGAUGGAUCUUACUCAUCUUAUUGAAAAGUUAGAAGAACAAAAAUCUCAUGCAGAGAAAAUGGUCCAAGGUGAUAAAGAAGUUGUUCUCCGGUAUUUUAAGGAGCUUAAUGAUAUAUUAGAACAGAAAAAAAAAUUUUUCCUCACUGCUCUCUGUGAUGUUGGCAAUUUGAUCAGUCAAGAAUAUACUCCACAAAUUGAAAGAAUGAAGGAAAUGAGAGAGCAGCAGCUUGAAUUAAUGACACUGACAUCAUCUUUACAAGAAGAGUCUCCUCUCAAAUUUCUUGAAAAAGUUGAUGACGUCCGCCAGCGUGUGCAGGUCUUGAAACAAAGACCACUUCCUGAGAUCCGACCUGUUGAAAUUUAUCCUCGUGUAAGCCAGGUUUUGAAAGAAGAUUGGAGCAAAACAGAAAUUGGACAAAUUAAGAAACUGUUCAUUCCUGAAAUGAGAGUUUCUUCAAAAAGGAUGGCAUGUUCCUGGCCUGAUAAAGAUGAAAAAGACGUUGAAUUUUUUAAGAUUCUGAACAUUGUUAUAGUCACACUAAUUUCAGUGAUACUGAUGUUGAUCCUCUUUUUCAACCAACACAUAAUAACCUUUGUAAAUGAAAUCACUUCAGUUUGUUUUUCUGAAGUUUCUCUAUCUGUUUACCAAAGUUUAUCUAACAAUAUGCAUGACUUAAAGAAUAUACUAUGCCACACUUUGUAUCUACUGAAGGAAUUUACUUGGAAAGUAGUCUCUUACUGAAAAUUCAAAUCUGAAUUUUUUGUAUAGGCUUAUUCUGUACAGCAGACUAGCCAUUGCUAAGUGGGGAAACGGGUAGCGUAGAUAAGUAAUGAACUAGUGUUUAUUAGAGUUGCAACAAAUAUGUUAAGCCUUUCAUGCUUCUGUUGGGUAGAAAUGUGUCAAAUUAAAAACAACAGUCUUUAGUUUUCAGUCUGAAAAUUAGAAUAAAAUUUAAUUACUUGAAUAUAUACCAUUUUUAUUGGCUUGAGGUUGAUUUAAUACUACUAUGACAUUUAAACAAUCUUAAUACCAAUGUAGUCUUUCAUUAUAUACUGUAGUUGGUCAGCUUUGUGGUUCUUUAUGUAUACUUUAGCUUAUACAUUAAAACAUAGCAAAAUCCUAAAGUUGUACAUGCCUUUAUUUUGAUGUGGGUUGAACUUUUUGAAUGGGCAAAUAAGGAUAGUGAGGUUUUAAAAUUAAGUAGCAAAAUCUGAAUGUGGUAAGGGGUUGUUCAUGCUAAAGAUGUUUUUGAUCAAAUAUACCUGCUUGACAUUCCAGAGACUGGAAUUGCGGUUUGUGGUAGGACUUUUGGCUGUGUGCAUGCAAUCCUAAAUAUAUACUCAUUUCCCUUUCCAGAAAUCCCAGAUGAGCUGUUGGAGCACAUUGCAGGAGGCUUUCUUAAUUCAUACUUUUCAGGUGACAUUAGAGAAUGCUCUUGGUAAAUUAUAAUUAAUAGGGCUGUUCAUGGCCAUAGUUUGUAAUUGUUGGGGCAUUAGUUUUAAAAUACUCAUCUGCUGAGAACAAGUCUUAACACUAAGCUGACAAUAUUUAAGGUCAAAUUAUGACCAGUUAUCACUAGAUUUAGCCCUUUUAAGUAAUGCAUAGGCAAACAACAUUUGAAGGGUAUAAGAGGUAGGGACGAUGUAUUCAGCUAAUGAGAAAUACAAAUUUUUAAUUUUAGACCAAGUGGCAUUUAAAAAUUUUAGUCACAUCUCAAAAAUUCCAUUUCUAAAUACUUGUAAAUAUUAGUAAGCCCUGACAAAACGCUGUGUCAAGCACAUAAUCCACGUUUCUGAAAUUGAUUUUCGUCCCCCCCCCAUACUUUCUGUAGAAUCUUUUGAUGACUUAUGUAGUAUGCAUGGUCAAGUAAUUCUUACACAUGCUAUUUUGCAUUUUUACCAGAUUGUUAAAAUUUAAAGUAUAUAAUAUUUCUAAGUUUUAUGCAUAACAAAAUAUAUAUUUUAAUAAA